AUGUACCGGUGCCUGGGUGAAGCGCUGCUGCUGUCCCACGUCGGGCCCGCAGCCCUGGGUUCCGUGGCUACCGACUCGGCCGUGCUGCUGGGCCGGGCCCGCGGGCAGGCUGCCGCAGCCGUCGCCGCCCCGCAGCCAGGGCUUGGGCCACCGGCUCGGCGGCACUACAGCGAGGCGGCGGCCGACCGCGAGGACGACCCCAACUUCUUCAAGAUGGUGGAGGGCUUCUUUGACCGCGGUGCCAGCAUCGUGGAGGACAAGCCGGUGGAGGACCUCAAGACCCGGGAGACCGAGGAGCAGAAGCGGAACCGGGUGCGUGGCAUCCUGCGGAUCAUCAAGCCCUGCAACCAUGUGCUGAGCCUGUCCUUCCCCAUCCGGCGCGACGACGGCUCCUGGGAAGUCAUCGAGGGCUACCGGGCCCAGCACAGCCAGCACCGCACGCCCUGCAAGGGAGGUAUCCGUUACAGCACUGAUGUGAGUGUAGAUGAAGUGAAAGCUCUGGCUUCUCUGAUGACAUAUAAGUGUGCAGUGGUUGAUGUGCCAUUUGGGGGUGCCAAAGCUGGUGUUAAGAUCAAUCCCAAGAACUAUACUGAUAAUGAAUUGGAAAAGAUCACAAGGAGGUUCACCAUGGAGCUGGCAAAGAAGGGCUUUAUUGGUCCUGGCAUUGAUGUGCCUGCCCCGGACAUGAGCACAGGCGAGCGGGAGAUGUCCUGGAUUGCUGACACCUAUGCUAGCACCAUAGGGCACUAUGAUAUUAAUGCCCAUGCCUGUGUUACUGGUAAGCCCAUCAGUCAGGGUGGAAUCCAUGGACGGAUCUCUGCUACUGGCCGGGGAGUUUUCCAUGGGAUUGAAAACUUCAUCAGCGAGGCUUCUUACAUGAGUAUUUUAGGAAUGACACCAGGAUUUGGAGGUAAAACAUUCGCGGUUCAGGGAUUUGGUAAUGUGGGCCUGCACUCUAUGAGAUAUUUACAUCGUUUUGGUGCUAAAUGUGUUGUUGUUGGUGAGUCUGAUGGCAGCAUAUGGAAUCCAGAUGGUAUUGACCCAAAGGAACUGGAAGACUUCAAAUUGCAACAUGGAACAAUCCUGGGCUUCCCCAAAGCAAAGAUCUAUGAAGGGAGCAUCUUGGAGGUUGACUGUGACAUACUGAUCCCUGCUGCCAGCGAGAAGCAGCUGACCAAGUCCAACGCACCAAGAGUCAAAGCCAAGAUCAUUGCUGAAGGUGCCAACGGACCGACAACUCCAGAAGCUGAUAAGAUUUUCCUAGAGAGGAACAUCAUGGUUAUUCCAGAUCUCUACUUGAAUGCCGGAGGAGUGACAGUAUCUUACUUUGAGUGGCUGAAGAAUCUAAAUCAUGUCAGCUAUGGUCGUUUGACCUUCAAAUAUGAAAGGGAUUCUAACUACCACUUGCUCAUGUCUGUUCAAGAGAGUUUGGAAAGAAAAUUUGGAAAACAUGGUGGAACUAUUCCCAUUGUACCCACAGCAGAGUUCCAAGACAGGAUAUCGGGUGCCUCUGAGAAAGACAUCGUGCACUCUGGUUUAGCAUACACCAUGGAGCGCUCUGCCAGGCAAAUCAUGCGCACAGCCAUGAAAUAUAACCUGGGAUUGGACCUGAGAACAGCUGCCUAUGUCAAUGCCAUCGAGAAAGUCUUCAAGGUGAACAAUGAAGCUGGUGUGACCUUCACAUAGACCAGACUGUGGCUGACUUCUUCACUACUCUUUUCACCUCUUCAUCUGCAGACCUAUCACAAGUUUACAUGUAACCACAGAAAUCUCUCUCUCAUGACUUAAUAGAUAAUGGACACCAUUCGCAACAAGUCAAUCCAAAUCAGCCCCUUAAGAAAAAAAAAUUAAGGCUAGGGGAUCAUAUAUAAGCUAGUAAGUGAUCGUAGAAAUUAGCUAUUCCAGAGAGUCGUUUGGGCAUUUUGCCUUUAAAUAAAGUUUUUUCCG